CAAGCAGAAGUAGCCCUCUGCCGUACUCCACAGGCCCCAGUUCCUUCAUUCCAGAAGAGGAGAUUGUGGAGGCGUGGUCUCUAGAGACAUGGGCAGUGGACCCUCACACUGAGCUGCUGAUAGCUGAGCUGUUCUCUCCUGCGGGGCGACUGGACAACCUGACCCAAGUGAUGGGGCUUCAUCCACAUUACCUGCAAGCCUUCUUGCGCUGCCAGUUCUACCUGCUGAGGAGGGAUGGGCCUUUACCCCUGCACUACAGACACUAUAUCGCUAUGAUGGCAGCAGCUCGGCAUCAGUGCUGGUUCCUGGUGUUACUGCAUGUGCAGGAGUUUUACCGGAUAGGCGUUUGUUUGGAGUGGCUUGAAGGACUGCAGUAUGCUAAUGAAAAAUUAAGAAAUCUCAACAAUCUCAACAAAAUACUCGCACACAGACCUUGGCUCAUCACUAAGGAGCAUAUAGAGGGCCUACUGAAGACAGGAGAGAACAGCUGGUCUCUGGCAGAGCUGGUCCAUGCGGUUGUUUUGUUGGCGCACUUCCAUGCCCUGGCCAGUUUUGUGUUUGGCAGUGGCAUCAAUCCCGACACACCGGCUCCAGGCAGUGCCUACUGCACCUGUGAGCUCACCAGCUGCAGCCAGUCAGAGCAGGACGUCCUUCUCAGCAAAAGUCCCGAGAGCGAGCUGGAGUCUCUUCUGGAGAGGAUGAGGAGGCUGCGAGAGGACCGAGAGGAAGAGGAGGCCACAGAGGAAGAAAUGGUCAUCCGCUUUGAGAAAGAAAAGAAAGAGUCUCUUCUUGUGGGGUCAUCAGACUUUGAUGACGAAAUGAUUUCACCGUCUAGAACUUCACGCUUUGUUGAAGAUGCUGCCUUUGGGUAUCAAGACUUUGCCCGUCGAGGAGAGGACAACCCGCCCACAUUUCGAGCACAGGAUUACUCAUGGGAAGACCAUGGGUUCUCGUUGGUGAACAGAUUGUAUUCGGACAUUGGCCUCCUCUUGGAUGAGAAAUUUAGGACGGCUUGUGAUUUAACCUAUUACAACAUGGCAAGCCGUGAGGGCGUCGAUACCAGCAUGUUGCGGAGGGCGCUUUUUAACUAUGUCCACUGCAUGUAUGGUAUUAGGUAUGAUGAUUACGAUUAUGGAGAGGUGAAUCAGCUGCUGGAACGUAACCUGAAAGUUUACAUAAAGACGGUGACAUGCUAUCCAGAGAGGACCACACGCCGCAUGUAUGACAGCUACUGGUAUCAGUUCCACCACUCGGAGAAGGUUCAUGUGAAUCUUCUUCUGAUGGAGGCUCGGAUGCAGGCGGAACUGCUUUAUGCUCUUCGUGCAAUCACACAGUACAUGACCUGACCAGACGUGUGUUCUUCUGAGCUACUCCUCCCUGUCACUACAAACCUAGGUGCCUGUUUUUACCACCCCCCUCCCAUUUUUUCUAUCUUUUUUGUAUUUUAAAAUAGUUUAGUAAUAUGUUAUUUCCACUGUAGCAAAGGUGUUUUGAAACCCUACAAGAGCCCUCUCAUUUCAUUUGAAGCCCAGGUAUCCUAUGCCGAAGACUAAAAGUGUGAACUGUGGGUACAUUGAAGUUCUGUUGUCAGUAUUAUUUGAAUUUCUAAACACUGGUCCAAGAUUCUGUCAUGGGAAGGCAAAUUAAGAAGCCGUUUCUUUAAAAGUGUACUGAAAGAAAUAGAAGUGCAAUAUUCCUUUUUACAAUUCUUAUUUGUAUGGUAAAUAGACAUCACAAGUACGCAGAUGUUGAGUUCUUACCAUACCUGAGGAGUAAUGUUGCUUAGGUUAUGAGCAACAUGUCUUUUCAAAGAUCAGACUGGAGAGACUUGACUGAAAUCAAAGAAAAUAACGAAGUUACCAGUCAGUCCUGAUCAUUCACUGUGUUUAUGCUGGACUGGCAUGAGACCGAUUUCAUUCAGCAGCUCUACCAGACCUUGUCAGUCAGUGUCAGUGUCCGUGUCCAUUUAAAGGACAUUGGAACUGAUGAAUAUACGUAAUACACUGAAAAAUGGUCUUUCAUAUCACAGAAUUCGCUGUUGAGUUUUGCUUUCAGAAGUUUAACUGUUGCUAUUCACUGUGUUUGAAUAAUUUAAAUAGUUUUUAAAUACCCUCUGAGUAAAUGAUCAACAGUGACAAGAUGUUAACUGCUGAACUAGGUGAUCGAUACGCUGUAUAGCGCUUCAGAUCAUUCUUAUUUCAGAGGGCAACCUACUAAGAUCCGGGGUCUAUGGUUGUCACGGUAAUUAAUAGCAGUCACCGUCAUGUUCAUGGCACCAGCUUGAGAUCAUGUGUGCUCUGUUACAUAAUCUUGGGGGUGGCCAUUUGAACAAGGUUAGACUAGUCGUUAAGGGAUGGGCAUUGUCAGAUUGUGCUCAGUUCAUCUUAAAGGGGAGCCAGUGUGUACCAAGAAGACAUUCCCCACACCAUUACACCAUCAGCAACUUGUACAUAUUGCACAAAGCAGGAUGGAUGGAUUCAUGUUGUUUACAUUAAGCCAAAGUUAAAAAUUGUCAUCUGUAUGUUGCCGCAGACAUCAGAGCAAGUUUUUCUUUAGUUUUUCUUUUCUAUAAUUUUGGUUGGUUUAUGCCCAAGUGCCCAAAUGUAGCUUUAUCUUCCUCUACUUAAGAAGCAUAAGUGGAAGCCAUGAUUAGCUAGAGGUGCCUCUGGGUAUUCAGAGAUGCCCCUCUCCACACCAGAGCUUGUGUUAGUAUUUGUGGCCUUUACUUUGAACUUGAAGGCCUUAUGAAGGACAUUUAAAGUUUUUUUUUAAAUUUUAUCGUACAUUCAUCUUCUUUCAUAACUGCACAGUUUGCUGUAAAAACCAAAGACUGUAAUGCUUGAAAACCUUGAGAGGGCAGCUAGACAUCUCCUUGCUCUCUUUGACUAUGUCCCUAUGCUUAUAUGCCUUAAAGCCAUAUGGUUUGCAGUUCACACAGGGCUGUUUGUGUAAAUGAGCAGGUGUACCUGAUAGACCCGCUGCUGGGGGCAUGUCAGUUGAAUAAGUGUGUAUUAAUAUGUGGUAUGGAGGAUGGAUAAUGAUGCUGUGAACUCAAAAUUUGCACCAAAGGUUACAACAUUUGUAACAUGCUGUGGUGUCACUCCACACAGUGAUCAUAUACUGCUGCUGUUGACCAAUUAUUUGCUUUUUGUGUACAAUGGAAUCAAUGUUUAAGAAAUCAGUUGUCUUUUUUUCCCCUUUGUGUUUGUCUGUGUUCAGUAUUUGGAUGUUUGGUUGAUUAUAAAUUAUUUCUGAACUGUAUUUAUCACUACAAAACAAAGCAUACCACAAUUUAGGGAGCUGUUAUUUGGAGAGUCGGUAGUGUCAUGGGCAGUUAACACCAUGGCAGUUGCACAUUUCAUUCAAUUAAUUUAUAUACUGUUAGAAAAUGCAUAAAGUGAAUAUGAAUCUAUGUAUAUGAUGUUUUUUUUUGUUCUGUUGUUGAAGGUUAACAUAUACCUGUCUGCCACAGCCAACAGUGCCUGCCAUAGUUUUUUUUCUGUAUAGAGUGUAAGUGUCCACCAGCUGCAAUUUUUCUGCCUGAUUAUUUUACCAAACCCAAAUUGUAGACUUGUAAUAAAGGUUUUCACUUAA